CACCCUGGAGGUGAACUUGUGCUUGACCAAAAAAGUGGGGUGGCCAAAAGCUGAGGUUUGAAGGAGCUGGUUCCAAACAACGCUGGAAAACGGAAGCCAGCGUCGCCUGCAAAUCACCCUCACGGCCCUGCUGCCUCGGCCCCAUCCCGGGAAGGGAGCCGGGGGCGAUGCUUCCCGGGGAGCGGCGGCACCGGGAGAGGCGGGAGUGUGAAAGCAGAUGGAAAUGGAAUUUUUUAAUGACAGCAGCAGAUGGCAGAAGACACGCCAGUGGAGUCGCAGCGUGGCGGAGCCAUUUAUAGAGCACCCGGUGGAGCUGCGGCAGCACCACAGGGGCUGCUCGGUUAAUGGGACCCUUCUCUUGCAGCCCUCGGGGGAUUUGGGUCCCUUCAAUCCUGGCUUGCCAGUGGAAGUGCCUGUCUGGUUGGCCAUUAGCCUGAAGCAGAGGCAGAAGUGUCGGCUGAUUCCUCCAGAGUGGAUGGAUGUUGAGAAACUGGAGGAAAUCCGGGAUCAGGAACGCAAAGAGAACACCUUCACUCCGAUGCCCAGCCCCUAUUACAUGGAACUCACCAAGCUGCUGUUAAACUAUGCCUCAGACAACAUCCCCAAAGCCGAUGAGAUCCGCACGCUGGUGAAGGAGACGUGGGACACCCGGAUCGCCAAGCUGCGGCUGUCUGCGGACAGCUUCGUCAGGCAGCAGGAGGCUCACGCCAAGCUGGAUAACUUAACCCUGAUGGAGAUCAACACGACAGGGACGUUCCUUACCCAAGCCUUGGAUCAUAUGUACAAGCUCCGGACUAAUCUUCAGCCUGACCUCCUUAAGCCAUCAGAGCUUCAUGCCCCUUCAGCUGUCUGCAACAACCUCCUCCUCAGCAGCCACUGCAGGCAGGCAGAGGAGGGAGCAGGCAGCUUCCUGGCUGGAUGGGAAUUGCUCCAGAGCUGCUGAUGGCUUGGGAGAACCCCUACACACUCCCUCUUUGCAGAGGUGGGCCUCUCCCUGGGCUUCAGGGGUCUCCUUGGCGCAGGUGAUGGCUUGCCAGGCUGCUGGUUAAUGAUGUCAAGCGAUUCUCUCCGCCCUGGAGAACCGUGGGUGUACUUCAUAGAGGGAACUUCUGAGGGCAGCACAGGCCACACACACACUGGUUUGAAAGCAAUAAAAUUCCUGGGCGGUGCUUCUCCAAGCCUUGGAGAGAA